CACGAGCACGAGCACGAGCAAAAGCCGAAGCUUCCAGUUUCCAGAGUUGCAGCAAAGCAAAGAACGGUCGAGGGCAGCAGUGUACUAAUGGCGGGAUACGCAGAACCAGCGAAGAGACAAGGAGGGAGACCGUUGCCGCCUCCUGGCAAUAGAGGUCCGCCUCUUUCUAAAGGCCCGCUUCCCCCUGUCGAUAGGGAGAAGGUAUUCUUCCUUUUUUCUCCAGUCGACAUGUCCUCUGUUGCUUCGGGUUUUCACCAAGUUGGACUUCUGCAGAUUGGAGGUCAUCACUCUAAGGAAGAAUUUCAAAUUAGAGGCAAGGAGCCCAAGGACGAGGUUCAAAUCUACACAUGGAUGGAUGCUACUCUUCGUGAAUUGACGGAUUUGGUCAAAGAAGUGGCUCCAGCGGCAAGGAGAAGAGAUGCGUUACUUUCUUUUGCUUUUGCCUAUCCAGAUAGGAAUGGCCGUUUUGUGGUGCGGGAGGUUGGGAAGACUUACUCUAAUAGGGUUGGGAAAUUAGACGACAACAAGGCAUUGGGCGAGAUUGGAUUCGCGAUUGGUGAUUACCUGGAUGUGGCGAUUCAGUAAGCGAGCUCGUUGUGGUUUUAUUCAGUGAAGUGAUCCUUGCAUCUGAAGCAUGCUAUGUCCAGUGUUGUACUUGCCAGUUAUUUGCGAUUGCUAAGUGAAUGUAGGGUUUGACAACUAGUCAUUAAGAGUACAUAGGUACUUGAUCGUGCGAUAGAAACCCAUCGGAUUAUCAUCGUCGAGCCUUUUUAUUAACGAUUCCAGAACAGAAUGAGACGUUACUGAACUUGUGCUUUUGAGAUUUGGGUGAUAUAUCAGCGCUCCUAAAGUUUGAGAUGUUUUUGUUAAUGGUUGAUAUUUCCAUAUGGUUUGAACUUUA